GUAUAUCUAAAGUCUUCUCUAGAAAUAUUGGAAGAACAACAACCCUCUAAAUACAACCAAUUUGUAACACAAGAUCGAUCAUCCAGCAGCACAAAAAAUUAUUCUAUAUUUACCAAAGUUGUUGAAUGUUGGCAUUCGUGAAAUGCUUCUCGUUGAAGCGAGCAAAGCAUCCUCGUGGAUAUGAGGAUCCUCAUGUUCUUGCAUCCGAAACUCCCUUCACCGUGAAUGAGAUUGAGGCUUUACACGAUUUAUUCAAGAAGCUAAGUACAUCUAUUAUCAAUGAUGGUCUAAUCCAUAAGGAAGAGUUUCUUCUGGCUUUGUUCAGAAACGGCAGUAUGCAAAAUCUAUUUGCGGACAGGGUGUUUUAUAUGUUUGAUAGGAAACGCAACGGUGUGAUUGAGUUUGGAGAAUUUGUUCGUUCCCUUAGCAUAUUCCAUCCAUACACUCCCGAACAUGAAAAAUCUGCAUUUAUGUUCAAGCUUUUUGACCUCCAUGGAACCGGCUUCAUCGAGCCCCAUGAGCUGAAGAAGAUGGUUGGCGCACUACUUGGUGAAACAGACUUAGAACUCUCGGAAGAAUCUAUUGAAGCUAUCGUGGAACAGACGAUGCUCGAGGUUGAUACAAACAAAGAUGGGAAGAUUGAUGAAGAAGAGUGGAAAGAGCUCGUUGCUAAGAAUCCUUCAAUCCUCAAGAACAUGACUCUGCCUUACCUCAAGGAAGUGACUUUAGCAUUUCCAAGCUUUGUACUCGACUCUGAAGUUGAAGACUAGAGGAAAUCUUUAGAAGAAGCUAGAGGCUUUUUCGAAUUAUACGUUUGAGGUCUUUUAAUCCUUUUUAUGUAUAAUUCGGAAUUCAUUCGACAUUAUAUGGUACAAGGCUGAAACAAUUUGCAAUUCUUUUUGUUUCGAUUAUGUCUCUCGGUCGUUUAGUUACUUGUUGAUAAUCUAUUUCUAAGGGAAUUUUUUUACAAUGAAAUAACAAUUUUCUUUAAGGUUUUAUCAUUU